GUAGGUAUUAUAAUUUAUAUCACAGCUAAGAUCCACUUUAUCCUAAAGAUAAUUAUUAAUUGUCCAUAAUAUUACUGAUACAGUGACAGAAUCAUUUGCACGUUUCUCUGACCCUUCUUCUUUUGCCAAUUACAAAGCCUUUUCCUUCCUUUGAAAAAACAGUAGAAAACAUAACACUUUUCUUUUGAACCUGUUUUGUUUUCUUUUGUGUACUAUUGAAACUUCUUCUAAUGUAUGCAUUUCUUGAAUAACAUAAAACCAUAAUACGAAAGAAAAAAACCAGCAUAAUUUGGAAAAAUUGGAUAAAACAAUGGCUGCAAACAAGUUUGCAACCAUAUUACAUAGAAACACCAACAAAAUAGUUGUAAUUCUAGUGUAUGCAUUUCUUGAAUGGAUUUUAAUUAUCUUUCUUCUUCUUAACUCUUUGUUCAGUUAUCUUAUCACAAAAUUUGCCAAAGGUUUUGGUCUUAAACCACCUUGUCUUUUCUGUUCAAGGCUUGAUCAUGUUCUGCAUCAAGAGAAUAGUAAGUUUUUUCAAAGUGAUCUUGUGUGUGAAACUCAUGCAGCUGAGAUUUCAAACCUUGGCUACUGCUCUAAUCAUCAAAGAUUAGCAGAAACGCAUAGCAUGUGUGAAAAUUGCUUGGCUUCUAGGCCAAAUCAUCAUGAAACUGAAAACUCAUUUGGUAUGAGACAUAGGAUUGGUUUUAUUCCAUGGUUAGGCCAUGAAAAACAUGAUGAAAAUGAAGAGAGUUUAAAUAGGUGUUCUUGCUGCAAUGAGAGCUUGAAUAACCAAAUUUACCCUCCUUAUCUGUUGAAGCCUUCUUGGUAUGAUGGAAACUAUUUAAGCAAAGGAUCACUCAUUGUUGAAUCAAUAGAAGAUGACAAAGAAGGCGAAAAAUACAUUGAAUUUGAGAUAAACAAUGGAGAAGAUCAUGAUCAUGAUGAACAGAUAUUAAAUGAGCAUCAGAUAUUUUCUGAUAUUGAAAGUUUUAUCCUCAGAGAGGUGGCCGAGGAUCGAUCGAGUUCAGUUUCAAACUUGAACUCUGAUGAAAAGGAUGCAGAAAAAGAUGAGAAGGAAGAUUAUCCAAGUGCUGUUGAUGAUUUUAUUCAUCUAUUUUCUGAUGCUCCUAUUAUGCAGGUUUCACAUUGUGAAGAUAGAUCACUUGAAAUCAUCAAUAUGCACUUUGAGAACUACAAAGCCAUUGACGAUGACCGGUUAGUACCUGUUAAGUUAAUAGAUUCUAUCACUUGUUUAAAUUUUGAAUCAUGCAAAUGGAAUGAGGAUCUAGAGGAGGAGAAGGAGAAGAUUCAAACUUUUGUCAGUGAGUCACCGGUUGAACCGCAGUCAAGUAUCUUAGAAGAGGAAGUAUUGCUCAAAAUGGAUGAGAAUGCAGAGAAAACAAACAUGAGGGAACUUGAAGAAAGUUUGGAAAAUUCUAUAACCUUAGAAGUUGAAGGGCUAAAUCAGAAUUCAGUACUUCAAAUUUCUGUGAAUGGUGAUAAUAGUACUGAAGAAGCCAUAGAAGAACCAGAUAAUGCACAAGUUGAUCUUUUUCAAUCUCAAGAAUCGAUCUGCUCGUAUGAAUGCACACAAGAAGAUGAAUCUGAAUCAAGUGAUGAUGAUGAGGCUGAAGCUCAAAAUGCCUUUGAAAAAUUCAUUUCUCAGAAUAAGCUAAGUAUGUCUCACAGUUUAUCCGACAAUGACAGAAAUUUGGAAGCAGAUAUGGAAGAACAAGAAAAUGCUCCACCAGAUAAUCUGCCUCCAUCUGAAGAACCAACCUACUCAAGUCAAUGCAUGCUAGAAGAUCAAUCUUCUUCAAGUGACAGUGAGGAUGAUACUGAAGUUCAUAAUGCAUUUGAUGAAUUCAUUGCACAAAAUAAUCUCCAUAUGGAUAAAACCGGUGUAAAUGAUAAUGAAAUGGCUGAGAAAACAAUGUCAGCUGAAAAAAUUGAGGAGGAAACAAUCCAUCAAUCAUCAAAAUGCUCGGAAUCGUGUGAACUAGAAGAAGAUAAACUUCCCGAAACUCCUAGGUCAGCAGAUGCAAUGCACUACAUGCAGAGGAAAUUGAUACUCUUUGAGAAAACAGAAUCAGGAGCAGAAGAAUCCGUGGAUGGUAGUGUUGCAAGUGAGGUAGAAUACAGCGAUCCGGUUUUAACAAUCGACCGGCUAAAAACAUCCCUUAAAGCCGAACAAAGAGCUCUUAGUGCUAUAUAUCAAGAACUAGAAGAAGAGAGAAGUGCCUCAGCAAUAGCUACUAACCAAACAAUGGCAAUGAUUACAAGGCUACAGGAAGAAAAGGCGGCAAUGCAGAUGGAAGCAUUGCAAUACCAAAGAAUGAUGGAAGAACAAGCUGAAUAUGAUCAAGAAGCUUUACAGCUUUUGAACGAUUUAAUGACAAAAAGAGAGAAAGAGAAGCAAGAACUUGAGAAGGAAUUGGAAGAGUAUAGGGAAAAAGUUAUGGAUUAUGAAGCAAAAGAGAAAUUAAGAAUGUUGAGAAGAAUGAAAGAUGGAAGUGUAAGAAGUAGAGACUCUUCUUGUUCUUGUUGCAACACCGGCUACACCGAUGAACUGUCAGUUGAUCUUAACAAUGAAGAAAAAGAACAGUAUAACAAUGCAAAUGAUGAUACAGUUUCUAACUUGGAGGAGAUAGCAUUAGAUUGUGUAAAACAUGUAAGUGAACUUGAUAGUACUUUAGAAGAAUUUGAGGAAGAGAAAGCUUCUAUUCUAGAUCAACUCAAAGCAUUAGAGGAAAAGAUAAUUUCAUUGGAAGAUGGUGAAGAAUUUCUUGAUGAGAGUUCAUCAAGAUAUGGGGAUCACAAAGAAGACUAUUCUAAUGGAUUUUCAGAUGAUAAGCAAUCUCCAAGAAGAACAAUUGGUUCCUUGGCAAAGAAGUUACUUCCAUAUUUAGAUGAAGCAGAGAAUGAGAAUGAUGAAGAAGCAUUUGCAUUUGAUAGAGAAUUGGAGAAAGAAUCAAAUGAUAUGCAAAUGCAAAACUCAGUUCCUAUGAUAAGUGAAAUGGAUAGCAUGAAAGUGUGUAUUGAAGAAGAGGUUGAUCGCGUUUAUGACAGGUUACAAGCUCUUGAAACAGAUAGAGAGUUUCUCCAACAUUGUAUGGGAUCCAUACAAAAUGGUGGUGAUGAAGGAAAGGAUUUGCUUCAAGAAAUCUUGCAACAUCUUCGCGAUCUUAAGAAUGUCGAACUACGCCUUAAGAAUUUGGACAAUGAUCCAUCCACUAUAGUUAAGUUGCAUUCACCAAGCAAAGACUUGUAGGCAUAAGUUUGCUUUGUAGGAGAUGAUGAUCAUGAGGAAAAUACACAUGCAUGUAGGAUUUCACAUAGUCAUUUUCACAAUGUGCUUCAUGUAGAAGCAUGAUAACCAAAUUUUGUUGCAAAAAAUGAGAAAAAUACUUCUCCAAUGGAGGGAGGAGGGAUUUCUGGUAUCAUAUCAUGGUUUGUUAAAUUGGUGAUAUGCAUGCUACAAAGUUAAAGUAUGUUCAUAUCUAAUCUAAGGUGUGAGUUUGGGCUAUCUACAAAAAUUGUGUGAGGCUCAUUAUUUUGCAGGACAAGGUGAGAGAGAACAUCAUUUGGUAUAAUUGGGAAGUAUAAGCUUGUAAACCUCGAGAGAAAAUCAUGUGUGGAUCAAUGUGUAUGAUAAAUAUACUUUCUACCUAACUACAUACUCAUAUAUUAUAUUUAUAUAUCAAUGAUUAAUUACAUAUCAA